GCAGUUACAGCUUAAAGUCUGUACCCAGGAUUUCCCCCUGAAAACUGGCUGAUCCUGGUGCUAGUUGCAGUAUCAGACCGGGUCUUUGGUAUUAUUGUUACUGUAUAAAAACAUACUUUUGUACAUUUUGUACUGUUUACACUGAGUACCUUCAAAAUGCUGCCCACAAUGUGUCACAAGAGAGCAAAUAUCAGUUAAUAAAUCCAAAUGACCAAAGCCUGAGACACUAACCUUCGGUCACCAGCAGUUGGGGCUGUUUCAGCUUCAAGAAGAGGCGUGUAAGGUCUCUGGAUUUGAGCUAAUCCUCUUAGCUCCUUCCUCCAACCUUCUGCCUCCACUGAUCCUUCACGCCACACGCCUCAGCAGCGCAUGCUGCCACCAUGUACAAAAUGUAUAACGAUCAGUGGGACGAAGGGAGCGAUGACGAGAAGAAUUCCCUUUACUCCUCCUUCUGGUCUGAUGGAGAGGUAGCAGACAAGGAUGAGGAGGUGGAGAUUAUGAGGGUGAUGGACCCCGGAGUUGUCGGUGAGCCACAGGGCGUGCCUCCAGGGAGUUCACCGGAGGAACAUCCGCAGUUAAAAGGAAGCGAUGAUGAGAGGAAAACUACCAGCAGCAGUUCUGGUAGUCUGGCUGUAAGCCCAAUGACUUCUGGGUAUGGCACCUUCAGAGCAGAGGAGCAGGAGUUGGAUCAUUCCCUGACCGGGUUUAACCAACACAGCCGGGACGAUCUGUCUGGCUUCAGAGACGACGAAGAGUACCCAGGGUCUCCCAGAAGCUUCACUGAGUCUGAUAACGAGCCGACGCGUGAGCCGGAUGAAAGUGAGUCUGCGGUGUGGGGGUCAGAGGUCAGCAGAGUCCCUGCUGCUUCCUGCUGGUGUGAGGACGACAGCACCCUGAACCGGGCCAGCACAGCUGACACGAGACCAGCUAUAGGAACACGGCUACCAUCAGAGGCGCAACAUCUUCACAGCGACGCAGGCGACAUGCUCUUGUUUCAUAGGAAAGGUUUACAAGAUGGAGCAGAUGAAAACCAAGACGGAAAACAGGAGACGCUGCAACACGAUGUGGAGAGAAGUACAGAGCAAGUAACUGUGGUUGGUGUUCCAGACGAGUCUUCAAGCAACAAAGAUGUCAGGUUCAUCGACUCCAACAGGGAUUUUAGCUGGGAGACCAAAGAAAAGAUGUCAGAGGAGAGGGAAGAAAUCCUGGCCUGGAUGAAGGCAGAUGCUGCGAGCCGUCUAGAAGAGCGAAUGGCUGAGCUUGACCUGUCCACAUCAGAUCAGAAGGACUACGAAGCAGAGAGCGAAGAUCUGACUGAGAGUGACGCCCAGAGUUCAGACACCGAUGGUGUCAACUUAAGCGCCUUCGAGUCCUAUAUCCAACGCAUGACUCAAACUGAUCAGGAUGUAAGGCCCAAACCAAAGUCCUUCAUCCGACCAGUGAUGUGCCAACCAACCAUAAAGAAGACUGAUCCAGUGGCCAAGUAUUUCCAGUACAAGCAGAUGUGGGAAAUGUUCCAGGUGUCUGGAGAGAAGGACAGGAAAGCUCUCCGCUGGGAGAUAAGGGAAAAACUUGCAUACCAGCCUCUGCCUCCUAAACCUCGAAGAGUUUACGUGCCCAACACCUACAUUGUGCCGACAGAGAAGAAACGUUCCGAGCUCCGCUGGAUGAUCAGGAACGAUCUGGCAAACGGUCUCCUCCCACAAAAGUUUAACUCUCACUUUUAAGCUUCACUCUGCAUGUUUCAGGAGAUAUCAAUAACUGUUUUUAUGCUUUUGAUAAGUAGAAUUAUUUAUUGACAUUGUGUUUCUCAUAAUAAACUAAGAAAAUCCAUC